UCCACCAUGGCGGUAGCUCCACUAGGCUUUUGCGACCUAUCGCAGACGAAAGGAUUGUUCUUCUAUGUGUUCAUGGCGAUUUGGUUCAACGUGCAAAAUAUCUGUUGCCAAGUGUUACCAAUGCAACCAUCUACCAAGAAUAUUCCUCACCAAGUGUUCGUGGAUUGGCUGAUACAAACCAGUUCUCCAACUGCUCUAGCUUCCAAUAUCAGUGAACAAUGCAUCCAUCACACACAAUAUUACUUAACAGCACUCGAUCGACGGCAAUCAUGGGCAGUAAAAAUGUACGAAUCUUCUGGGCGACUGGCAGAGCAGUUAUUUCAUACUAAUAGUCACAACGUGCAUCACAGUUCGGGUUUGUUUGAUGAAUGCCUUUCCAUCCAACCAGAAGAUGUGCCAUUUCAGGGGCAAUAUUGCACUGUUUUCUUUGAAAAUGAAUCAGUCCGGGAACACGAAAACGACCACAACUAUCGAAGCCAGGACCUUCUGGAAACGGGCAAAACGGCUGUUUGUAAAGAAGGAGAACCCAAAGAACAUAAAUCGAAUUUUGUGAUGCCAAGUGUUGGUUUUUGCCUUCCGUCCACUUGUAGUGCAAGGGAUUUGCGCUCUGCCGUGGCUCAGAUGGUUGGAAAACAGCUUACAAACAAGAUGGAUUUCACUAUGGUGGCCAUUGCAAACGAAAAUUAUUGUUACUCCCAAGACAAGAUCAGUACCAGCAGGAUACACUACGAUAAGCUCGCAAUGACCGUAAUGAUUGCCUUUUGCCUCCUCAUUGGGCUUGUUUUAACGGCUACCGUUCAUGACAAUUGGAGUGGGACAUCGUCGAGCUGCCCAGAUAUUGCGCCACAGGCCUUCCACAUCAAACUGUUGCAUUGUUUCUCGGCGAAAAGGAAUUGUCGAAUGCUAUUCUCGACCAAAGAUGACGUCAAAGACAGUUUAGCCUGCCUGCAUGGCAUCCGAGUUAUAACGACAUGUUGGAUCGUCUUGAUUCACGUAGCAGGAGAAUUUAGUCAGCGAAUGAGUUACACUAAACAAUUGGAUAUAAAGAACGCAUCACGAUGGGAAUUUCAAAUCUUCACAAAUGGAUUAUUUGCAGUCGAUACGUUUUUCUUGAUGAGCGGCCUUUUAGUCGCAUUUACGCAAACGCGCCAGCUGGAUCAACAUGGCGGUUUCUUUAACAUCAAACGUUUUUACAUCCGUCGAUUCGUCAGGCUGACACCAGUCUACGCGUCCGUUCAGCUUUUCAUAGCGACAUUAUGGUCGUACGUCGGGACGGGGCCCGAUUGGAAUUACGUCCGGCAAAUGAGCAAGAGCGUCCGUCAAAAUUUGUGGGCCCACAUGCUUUAUAUUAACAACUACGUCGCCGUAAUCGAUCAGCAAUCGAGUUUGAGCAAUCCGUUGACGGGCAUGAUCGAGGCGUGGUAUCUCGCCUGCGAAAUGCAAAUGUUUUGGAUUAGCCCGCUGUUUAUCUACCCACUCUGGCGAUGGAGGAAAGGCGGUUUAAUAUGGACAAUGGCUUGUUUUAUGUUUUUCUUAGGAUUUUGCAUGGCUCUGUUUAUAGCUUACGACAUACCACCGACAGUCUUCUUCAAUAGACCGUCAGACAUGCAGAAACUCAACGAGUACUGUCGAAAACAUUAUCAUCUAACCAUCGCACGUAUUCCACCGUACGUUAUGGGCAUUCUACUUGGAUGGUUGUUACAUAAAACCAAAGAUAGAAAAAUCCAAAUCAACAAAUUUUUAGUCAUUGCAGGAUGGGUGAUGGCCUUAUUGAUUGGUUUGCUCGUUAUCUUUGGUAUGAUGCCUUACUUGGAUGAAGCCCAAAUCCCUGUAAUCAAUCCGUUUGUCCGCAUUUCGUACGGAGCGUUUCAUCGUUCGUCCUGGGCGAUGGUCGUCGCUUGGCUCAUAUUUUCUUGCACUCACGGAUACGGAGGUUGCAUUAACACUCUUCUAUCGUCAAAGUCCCUCUUGCCUUUAAGCCGGUUGAGCUAUGCAGUCUACCUCGUCCACUUCGCUUACGUCAAAGCAUAUGUCUCUCAUAUGCGUAAGCCCAUGUACAUAGCGGAAUACUAUUUCUUCACCACGUAUCUGGGAAUACUGAUGGUCUCCUUCAUGUUGGCUUCGGUCAUCUCCGUCAUCAUGGAAAUGCCAUUUAUGAAUUUGGACAAACUUCUUUUUCCAAACAGCCUGGAAAUUAAGAAGACAAAAAAAGAAGAUGUAAACGGCUUGGUAACGAAGAACAAGUAUCACUGAUAUACGUUUCCUGAGCGAGAAGAAGAAUAAAAAACCAGUUAGGAUUUACGUGCUGUUGCUUUGAAAAAUGAA